AUGCAGAAGGUGUCGGAAAAGGUGUCCGGCGCCCACGAGAGGGUCGGCGAGAUGCUCGACCAGGCUGAGGCCGGAAAGAUCCCCGGCACCAAGGGCCACCACCCCGUCUCUGCUGUUAUCGGAACAGCUCUGACCGGUGGUAUGGAGAAUGCUGGCACCAAGGGCUACCUGGCGGCCUACAUCAAGGAGCUUGAGGCGAACCCUCUGCGCACCAAGAUGCUCACCGCAGGCACCCUCGCCAGUGCCCAGGAGCUCAUUGCCUCGUGGCUCGCCAAGGACCGCAACAAGCAUGGCAACUACUUUACCGCCCGUGUUCCCAAGAUGGCCGCGUAUGGCGCCCUCGUCAGCGCGCCCCUUGGACACUUCCUUAUCUGGGCGCUCCAGAAGACCUUCAAGGGUCGCACCAGCCUGCGCGCCAAGAUUCUGCAGAUUCUGGUCAGCAAUCUGAUUAUUGCCCCUAUCCAGAACAGCGUUUACCUGGUCGCCAUGGCCCUCAUCGCCGGUGCCCGUACCUACCACCAGGUUCGCGCCACCGUCAAGGUCGGCUUCUGGAAGGUGAUGCGCGUUUCGUGGAUCACCUCUCCCAUCUGCCUUGCCUUUGCGCAGAAGUUCCUUCCCGACCAGCUCUGGAUCCCCUUCUUCAACAUCGUCUCCUUCAUCAUUGGUACCUACAUCAACACCGUCACCAAGAAGAAGCGUCUCGCAGCCCUCCGCAAGAAGCACUUUGGUGAUGAUCGCCGACCCGACGACCGCCGGUCUACCGCCGGCAUGCCCCCUCCCCGGGACGACUACCCUCCCCCUAUGGGCGGCCCCAACCCCCCCUACUAA